UUUUCUCCUUCCCUCUUUCAAACGCUUCGACGACUCCGCGCGGACCGGGCUCAGUUGCCUGACGAGAGGGGUUCGGUGAGUCAGUUGUGUCGCGAAGAUUCGGUAGUGAACAUGUACGCUGCUCGUCUAUCGGAAAAGAAUAUCGCGAUCGCUUCGUGUGUGUGUGUGUGGCGUGGAGUGGUGUGGCGUGGAGUGGUGUGGUGUGGUGUGGUGUGGUGUGGUGUGGUGUGGUGUGUGGUGUGGUGUGGUGUGUGAAGUGCAUCGUCGUUGCCUUCUUCGCUGCUUCAGGAUUAUCUUCGCCGUUGCCUUCCUCGCUGCUUCAGGACCACUUUCGCCGUUGCCUCCGUCUCAGCUUCAGGACGAUCGCUGUGGACCGCUGCGAACGAGAGCAGCAUAAAUUAAUUUCCAAACAACGCCACCUCGACGGUUUCGGAUCAAAACGUGUGGAAGAUUUCGUAGCAAAGUUCCAGAGAAAUUGAAGAAAUCCAAUUUACCAUCACUCGAAACGAAAUCAGAAGAUGCCAAAAUGGAGCCGGCCGGCAGAUGGAGCCAGACGCACGAAACAUCGGAGCGCAGCGAGCGCAGCGUACGCGGCUAUGUUCAGGUGGCAUUUAGUGACGCGUGCACCGCAUUGGGGGUAAAAGUGUUUGAGGGAUUUGCGGCGAGUUUCAGUGGAAAAUCGAUGGCCGGGACGAGGUGUGUCGACGACGACGACGGUGAACCUUCACAGGUGAUUCCGGACGCGCGUGAAUAAAACGCGGAAAGUAUCCUCCUCGCGAGGAGAGACCGAGGAUCUCGCGACCCGUUGUUGCCGAUUGUUCGCGAGCACGCCUUGCACCCGGGCGGCGUAGCACCCUCGUCUCGCGCACAUCUCGCACGUCGUCUCUCAUCAUGAUACCCGUGAACGUCGGCGUGCAUCGGCGGUCCACUGGCAAGCGCAACGUCCGUGGCAUGAACGUUCAACGGAAUCCCCGCGCGAUGUAUCGGGUCAGAGUCUGCAAUCCAGACUAAGCGGACGCGAUGACGACGUGCUGGACAGACCAGGACAUUUCCAAUUGCAGGAAAGUCGUACCGCAAACGCAGUCUUUCACCAUGACGGUCGCAUCGAGGGGAAUGAUAUCUCACGACUGAUAUCGCCUUGUGAAAUCGCCAUUCAUCGCGCGGCCUUCGCGAAUACGAAGCUUCCGCGGGAAAAACGAUCGCGUGUGGUGUACACGCUCCAGUACGACGCCGACCGUCGCCGGGUGAGGAGUAUCCGUUGUCACUAGCUGCUCCGCGCGCAACCGGUCGACCGACGAGGCCUCACAUUCUCCGAUAAUCGGCUCCGACGCACCCUGGGAAAAUCAGAGGAACUGAACAGAUCGACGCCCUUCUUGGAAGAAACAGUACUUGAACGGAUUGACGGAAAAAUUACAUUUACUCAGACAUCGGAUAUUCACAAAAAGAAAAAAUGCAGAACGGAUUUAAAGUCGACGAUAACGACGUCAUUUAUAAAGAUGUUGUCAUCAUAGGAAAUGGGCCCAGCGGGAUAUGUUUGUCGUAUAUGCUUGCUGGAAACUGGCCUUACUACACUGGGGAACCUCAUCCCGGCGAUGAUAUGCUAACGGCGCGAUUGCGGUUUUGCAUGAUCAGCAAUGAGGAGUGCGACGAUACGCCGGAAAACGCAAACAUCGACGUGACCACCAACAAUCGCCAUCAUCAGUGCUCCAAACCCGGUAUCGGCAGAACGCAAGGAGGUGGACUGGCGCGCAGUACACGCUACAAACUCGAAUACCUAUCCUCUGGCAUCGAGGGCAGGGGCGGCGGCCGACCACUCGCCCUUCUCAUGGACCAGCUGCAGCAUCCGUGCGUCGACGCCGGUUUCGAUAUGCCCUCCCUUCUUAAUUGGAACUCCGCUGACGAACAUCCCGAGCACACGGUCAUAGACCACGUUGUCCUUGGCAAGGGUCAACCCGGCGGUGCUUGGCAAGCUAUGGAUCCAAAUGUAUUGACUAUUAGUCUGAGUCGAUGGAUGUCACUUCCUGACUUGGAUCUAAGGCACUGGGAGAAACUCGUUGAAGUCGAACAGUUACAAAAGUCGGUUUUAGUCGCGGAAAGUAACUUGUAUGCGCGGCUAGAAAAACUGAGCGUUUGUAAGGCGUCUAGUCGAGUUUCCGUGGGUACCGUAGCGGCUUAUUAUAAGGACUACGUGCGUAGGAAAGGCCUGAAACAAUACUUCCGAUGUGGGACCACAGUUACUUCAGUAAGACCGAACUCGGAUUCUCCCGAGAGCAAAGGGGGGUACAACUGGAUAGUAGAUGGGUAUGAGAAUAAAAGUGGAAAGCGGUUUCGAUAUCGAUGCAAAAGGGCGAUUCUUGCAACUGGCACAACCGAUUUAUCGAAUCAUUUGAAUAUCUCGGGCGAAAACACGAAUCCCAAAUGGGUGACGCAUGAUCUCAAUGAUCUGGAAACUCGAUUAGGACAUUUAGUCAGCAAGCAUGGCAAGGAUUCGACCGAUGAACAAAUUUCACCUGUGUUAGUAAUCGGAGCUGGUCUGAGCGCAGCCGAUGCGAUUAUGGCCGCGCGCUUUCGAGGCAUACCUGUAUUGCACGCAUUCCGCAAUUCAUUGAACGAAUGGGGCAAACAGACCGCCGAGAGGAUAACAAGCAGUUACGAUCGACUUCAAUGGUUGCCGGAUUCCAUAUAUCCGGAAUAUCAUAAGGUGUAUGAAAUGAUGGCUGAUGGAGGUACAAAUUAUCCUUUGUACAAAUCAUUGCCGGGAUACACGCUUGUCAGUCUCAGUGAAAAUUGCGAAAAUGAAAGCACGAACAUAGGGAGGACAGUCGUUCUUUCCGCUCCGGACGGUCAGCUGCAUACAUUUGAAGUAUCCAUUGCGGCUAUUCUUAUCGGAUAUAAACCAGACUUAUCAUACUUGAAAGAUGGAGGUAUGGGAUUAGGUAAACUUGCAGAUAAGCCGAUCGAUAGUAAAUCGAAUCCAAUUGAAAUCGAUGAUUUCACAUACGAAGUGACCAACGCGCCGAUAAAGGGACUUUAUGCAUUAGGACCUCUAGUCGGUAACAAUUUCGUUCGCUUUGUUUUGGGCGGUGCGCUUGGAAUUCUGGCACACAUUUUACGCACCACAAACCCCUGAGAGAUUGAUCUGACAGCCGCUUACAGAAUUCAAUUAUAUUUUAUUAAAAUUAUUUUAUAUGUAAACAACCUUGGUUGUUUUCAUAUAAACAUAUAUAUCUUAUGACUUCUGCUCAAUUUGUAUGGGUGCCGAAUAACCACCACUUAAUUCUUAACAUUAUACAAACAUUCCCUCGAUAAAUCUGUUUGUACAUACUAUUAAAAUUAUUUUUAUAUUUCUUUUCAUAUAUAUUGUUGUUUGCGAGGAAACGAUGAUUUUUAAAUGUACAUAACUAUUUAAUUGUUUCGUCGAAAUAUCUCCUAGUAAAAGUAAAGGGUAAAAAAUUCUUAAAACAUUCAGCGAGUAUAGUAACUUACAAUGUGCGGAAAA